GUAUCUGUAAUACUCAUGUUAUGAUCAAUGUAUUAAGUAGUUAUAAGUUAAAUUGUCCUACAAUUUAGGGGAGCCAUGUAACUGUGGUAUCAAUAUACCUCAUUAUACCUCAUUGUUAUUACGUAAAAUAUUAAUGUGUAAGGAAUUUAUAUGGUGCUAAAAGGAUAAACUUGUAUGGUGCUAUUAGAAGGUAACAUAGGUGCCGUUAAGAACGCUUACACGCAGCUACCGAUGUUCGUUUGUUUGGGUUACGCGGGCAGCGAGUCUGUCGCUUAUAAGUGGAUAUGAAUUGUAGACUCAGCGAUAUGGAGCGGUGAUUCAAUCCGUGGCACUGGAGGCAAGGACGUGCGUUGUCGAGGCAGGAGGAAGCCCAAGCCUGAGCCAAGCCCUGCGACGGUCACGGUGAGGGGAGAACGCUAGAGAGAAGUGAAGCAUUAUCGGCAGCUGAACAAGUCACACGCAUAGGAAUAUGAGACUGGUGGACUGUGAGGUGCAGACAGAGGAUAUCAGUUUGUUGUUACCAGUGAGUGGGAGUGGCACAGGAGCGUCGAGGAGGGCAGGGAGGCACCAUCCACACACUGUCCUCGGCAGGGAAACAUUUAUGCGGAAAGGGGGCAAGAAAUGCAUAUACCUACUCGUGUUCUUGACAUUACUAGGCGGGGCAGGGUUCGCGUACCUCGGGUUUUACUGCCCUGCCUCAGUCUGCUCCCUAAGACCCUUGUCACUAGUCACAUCAGAAAAGGAAAGGACAGAAGGCACCCCGCGAGACUCCUUGACCAAGCAGCUGAGUGUGUUCAGAGAUAGCCUCGACCAGUUCCACUUCAGGACAGAUGGCAUGGGGCAGCCCCUCCUCAAUACCGCCAGGACAGCCAUGGGGCCCUCCUUCGAUGAUGUCAUUGGACGGGACUUUCAAUUUGACAUCGAGGACCAUGAUGUCAUUGUCUUCCUGCACAUCCAAAAAACUGGAGGGACUACUUUCGGGAAGCAUCUUGUGGGUGACCUGGACUUGGCAAGGCGGUGUGAGUGUAGGAGAAGGGUGAAAAAGAGGUGUACGUGCCUGCGCCCCGGCAAGAACUCAUAUGAGACGUGGCUGUUCUCACGACACUCGACAGGUUGGAAGUGUGGCCUGCAUGCCGACUGGACUGAGCUGACCAGCUGCGUGGAUGAUGUCAUGGAUAAGAUUGAGGACAGCGAAAUCAAGCGAAGGUAUUUUUACAUCACCAUGCUAAGGAACCCCAUUCAUCGGUUUCUGAGUGAGUACCACCAUGUUCGCCGGGGAGCAACGUGGAGGAAUACCCGGCUGCUCUGUCAGGGCCGUCAUGCCACCAAGGAGGAGAUGCCUUUGUGUUAUGAGACUGAAACAUGGGAAAAUGUCACCUUGGAUGAGUUCAUGGACUGCAGCAGUAACUUGGCCACAAACAGACAAACUCGCAUGUUGGCAGAUCUGUCACUAGUGGGCUGCUACAACACCUCCAUGAUGAACCCUGAGGAGAGGGGGAGGAUAAUGCUGCUCUCGGCAAAGAACAACCUGAAAAAGAUGGCAUUCUUUGGCCUGACUGAGGAGCAAGAGAUCAGUCAGUACUUGUUUGAAGUGACUUUUAAUCUUAGGUUCAGAGUGCGUUUCAAACAGUACAACCAAACCAUCACAGACAUGGCUAUGAAGGACUUUGAUGUUGAGACGCUGAGGCGCAUUGAGGAACUGAAUUCUUUAGAUGUGCAGCUAUACAAGUAUGCUGUAGAACUCCUCCAUCAGCGCUUCAAGAAGCUGUCAUCCCAAGACAAACAUUUUGAGGAACACUUCAGUAAUAUGGGGAAAAGUACAUUUCCCUGGGCAGAUUUAGAUCAACAAGGGUGAUACUUACGCCUAUGUGUAUAUAUUUUUUUAUUACUCAUUCCUACUAUACAAAUUAUAUUUAAUGUUUAUGUUCUAGUUCAUGUUUUACUUAAUUUUGAUAUUGUGUCAAGAAAAGCUAAGACAAAAUAUUCCCAAUUUUCUUUACAUAAAUACUGAUGAUAUUUGUGCUGGCAGCAAUGAAAUUAAUAUAAGAAACUUACACAGAAAUAAUAUAUUAAAGAGAGAAAACUUACUGAUUGAGCCUUUCAAUCUGAAAAUGCCACCAGAUCUUGAUCAUCAGGAUCAUACCUUGACCAGCUAAACAGCGCUUAGCAAAUUUGCCCAAACUUUCAGAUAUUAAAAUAAGGUAUGAAUAAGGUGAUAUGAAAGGCAAAUUAUUAACUUUUAUAAGAAAUAAAUGUCUGAUUCAGUCAUAUGUGCAAGAUUACUGUUUUGAUGAUGGUAGUCUCAUAGUUAGUCCAGAACAUCUAUCUAUUCUAAGGUUAUGAAGAUAAUGUGUUAAGGAAUACAUAUCAACAUAGGUAAAUAAUAAUUUAACUAUGUUAUAAACUUUUGAAUGUGAAAUGACCUGUUACAUACUCAACAUUGUAGUGCUAAAAUACUUAUGCAGGAAAUAUGUAUGUACUAGACCUUACAAUAAAUAGAUUUUUUUUUAGUUUUUCUUAUGUUUGUGUUGCAUUAUGCAUAAUUUGCAACAUGUACAGUAGGAUCUCUCCAAUAUAGAAUUCCUAAAUACUAUUCUCGAUGAUAACACUGAAGUUAGAAUGGAUACUGAGUUUUCACAAUAAUUUUGGAUUUUCUUGAACAGAUUUUUUGCUGGAAAGAAACAUCUGAAUGCAUCAUGGAUAGUGGUUGUUUGGCACCAUCUCAAUGACAUAGCUGCCAGACUUGCAUCUUCGUUUUGUUGUGCAGAGAGAUUUUUUGGUGCUGCCACCCCAGGACGUGCAUCCACUUUUCCCAUUUGAAUUCUUAUCACUAUUUUUUUUAGCUGAAAUAAUAUGAAUCUUUAUUAAACUCAAUGUGAUUAAUAUUGAAUUAAAUUGAUGUGAGUAAUAUAAAAUUCAUCUUGGAGGAGCUAAUAAGAUGUUUGAUGUGAUAAUUAAUUUGAGGAUUGCACAUUGAUGCUAUUGUGACUUACUGUUGUACUUAUGAUGGUGUCCCCUGCCUGGCCUCUCGCCCCAGACUCACACACUUCCUGCAGCACAUCAAACUUAUCAGAGCCAACCCUUACAACUCUUGGUUAUAUAGACAAAAAUAUCACAACAGCAUACACACCACUUUAAACCAGUGUGAGAACCUGGAAUGAAAGUCAGAGGUGUAGAGUGCAGGCAGUGGAAAUUAGUUAUUUGAGGAGUGCUUAUGGUGUGAGUAAAAUGGAUGGAAUGAGUAAUGAAAGUGUGUACGAGCGUUUUGGAAUGUGUCACAGGGGUGAAGGGAAGAAGUGUGGAGUGGUGGAAAAAGUGAAGCGACAGACAUUAAAGUGGUUUGGCCAGAUGGAGCAAAUGGAGGAGAGUAGGAUGACCAGAAGGUUGUAUGUGAGUGAGAUAGAGGGAGGGAAUGCUAGAGGAUGACCUCCAGUGAAAUGGAGAGAUAGGGUGCAAGAGUAUUUUAGGGAAAGGGGGGAAAGAUCUUUGAGAAACUUUGAGCAGGCAAGGAGGGAGUGUCUGGACAGAGAAAGUUGGAAACUCUUCUACCGUGGCCAUCCCCUGGUGGGAGCUCCUAGGAGCAGGUGUCAAUGAAAUGAUGGUGAUGAUGAUGAGAACCUCAGAAGUAUGGGUGAUCUGGCUGCAAUCAAGGGUAGUUCACCGAGCCCUGUUUUAUGCACAACGCAUCACAUGUUUGUGACUCCUGAUCCAAUUGGAAGCACAAUAUUGAGUGCUAUCCUGAUAUUUCACUGUACUAAUUUGCAUAAUAUGACCAUCCCCUCAGGUUGACUCUUUUGUACUGUUUGUUUUUGGUACCACUUGAUGCUAUGCCACAAAUGACACUUGAUUCAUUGCAUUGUUUUCUCUUCUUAGUUGAAGAUGGAUCACCCACAAGCUCAAAAGUUCUCAUGCUGUAUGAAUUAAAGUGGUGGGUAUGCUGCUGUGUGAUAGUUUUGCCUCUAUAAUCGUAAGUGUAAGGGUUGCUUUUAAUGAUGUUUAUGAUGAGCAUGGAGAUGAGUCAAGUGGCACUGCACAAUAGCCACUAUGCACAAGCCUUAGAAUAAUAAUCAUGUCAGACAUCUCAUUAACUCCUUUAAGGUGAAAUAUAUGUUACUCCUGUUGAUUCAAUUAGGAUUCUUCUUAUUUCAGCUAAAAGAAGUACUGAUAGAGUUACAAAUAGGAAAAUGGGUGAAAGUCCAAGGAUGGAGGCACCAGUCAUCAUUCACAUAUUUCUGUGUCACUAAAUAAGUUUUUGUUGAUAGCAGCAUUUUUCAGCCACCAAUUAGAUGUUAUUGGUGAAGUCCUACUGUAUAUUAUUACUAAGUUUUAAUACUGAAUUGUUAGUAUUUAAAGAAUUGCUGUGAUAUUUAACUAUCCUAGAGGCUGAGUAAUUUUUAAUGAAUUUCUUUGGCAAAAUUAUGACUACAAGUGCCAUAGAUAAUAUUUAAUGUUUGUAUGAAAUUUAGGGCUGAUAAUGUGUAUAGAUCUAAGUUUCAUCAAUACACAAUGCAUUACCAGUCAGUAGGUUCAUACGCUGGGGUGCGCAUCGCCUCGCCAACCAUACGAUGCCAAACCUGGGAGCUCCUCCAGGCAAGUCUCCAUAUAGGCCCCCUUCCCAUUAUUAGUACUUCUUGGCAGGAUCUGUCGGCUUGCUCAAGCCACAAGCUCUAUGGGUGUCCCCUUGGCCUCCUUCACUCAUGAUUGUCUCUUACAGAAACAAUCUGGUGAGCAGGAUUGGCUUCUGGGUACUGUGCCACAUGCCACAGUUGGCAUUCACAGACUCUGCAGAUAAUAGGCCUUAAAUCAGUCUCACAGAGUAGUCGCUGGAUUGACAGUCAUACUAGUGAUAUUCCAUGAUUUUGCGUAGGCAAUUAUUACCACAUGCAUCAAUUCACCUCUUCAAGUCACUAUUCAUUGUUCAUGUCUCAUAGCCAUGUCUCGUAGAGUAAAACAGGGAGCACAAGCGACUUGAAAAUCUAAAUUUUUGUCCUUCAGCACAGGUAUCGACAACGCCACAAACUCAUGCUGAGUGAGUUCAUAAUGCCGUAGGCCAAGCCAGUCUACCUUAUGACUCCCUAACAAGACCUGCCAUUGUUCUUCAUUAGCUUGCACUGAAUUCAUUGUAAAGUCAAGACAUUACAUUUUUUUUUCCGGAAUAUAACAUCCUCAAGAUAAUAAGUUGCUAAGCAUCAAAAACACAUAUGAAACAAGUUUCAGUGUCCCCUUUUGAAAAUACAGUAAACCCUUUAUAAAUCAGCCUUUAUUUAUUUAUUUAUUUAUUUUUUUUAUAUUCAUAUAUAUAUAUUUUUUUUUUACGUUUUGCCUAUGGAGGUGAUAGGCUUUCUUGGUGGGGCCUGAUGGUCAGCCUCAGACUGUUGUGGCACAGGCAAGUGUUUAUAGUGGUGUUAUCUUGGUUUUUAGAGAGAAUCUAGAGUCCGUGUUGACGUGGUCAUCAGGACAGCAUGUAUGUAGUCUUAGGCUACUCAGUGAUGACUAAUUGUCAGCUUGUGGCAACAGGUGGGACCCAGGUUCUGGAUGCUGCACCUGCAUGCUGACCACUCAGCCACUCAUCUAGAAUAGCCAAAAAAUCCAAAAUAUCCUUAGUUAAAAACUCAUGAAUACCCAAGCAAAGCUGUUUCAGUGUUUACCAGCAAUUCUGAUUAGUUUUUGCAAAAAGGAGAAGGCAUCACAGGAGAGUUGAAGUAGUGCAGAGCUGUAUGAAUAUAAUUCAUACAUCUUUAGAGUACAGGUGUGCAAUGAUGUGGCAGUGAGGGUGGAGUUGGUUGUAGUUGUAAAUUAAAUAAAGUUUGAGGCACACCAUGCAGGUCAGGUAAGCUUCUGAAUGAAUAAGUUAUGAGCUGCAUCUUGUGCAUGCAAAUCUAAAUUAUCGUUGACUUUGAAAAUUAGUUUAAUUGUUGCCUGUAUGUGACAGUAUGAUAGAAAAAAUAAGAUCAACCAAUGAGCGGCCAUGCUUCUCUUGCCUUACGCAUGAGGGUUCAGGUGGGACAGCACCUGAUAGACUGACAGCCUUUGUUUUGAAAGGACACACCAAAUUCCUUGCUGUUAACCCCUUCAACACAGGAACGCGUAUACUGCGUCCUUGCGUGCCCCGUACCAUAUCCGAGGACGCGCAUACUGUGUCCUGGCUCGCUUCUGCCAAUAUAUGAGUUAUUUUAUCUCUAUGUUUAUGCUUACAUCUCAAAAUUAUCAAUUAAUUUAUGUUUCUUUAUGUGCACCAUUUAAUUCUGCAUGUUUUAAUUUAUAAUACAUGAGUAAUGGCGAUCCCUGAUACGGCGCAGGGCGCUGCUUUGGCCCGGCCAUAGUGAGUUUCUUUAUGUGCACCAUUUAAUUGUGCAUGUUUUCAUAUGUAUUACAUGAUGAUUGUGUUGAGUUUAUGGCUGAAAACUUGUUAUAUUCAAUAGCGACAUUUGAAAUUCGGCGCAUCCGGCGAUCCUGGAUACAGCGCGGGGCGCUGUUUUGGCCCGGCCGUAGUGUAGGGGUUAAGUUAUAAGGUAGAUUUUCGUCUGACAUACAACAUCCAUCUGGAUGAUGUCUGGACACACAUUUUAUAUCAUACAGAUUUUAGUCUGAUUUACAAAUAUGUGUCAAGAGCCCUGCAAGAAAAGAUGGCGCCACUAUAAAACACUUGCCUGCGCCAUGAUGGGUUGGGGCCGACCACCAACGAGGCCCCUCAAGAAAGCCAACCGGCGCCAUAGGCUGGCACAUCAAAAAAUAUUAAAAAAUGGUAUACUGAGGUCUACUUUAUAGAGGGUUUACUGUAUAGAAAAUCAAUUAAUUUACAUAUAGUAAGAUUUGUAUAUAAAUGUAGUUUUAAAGUUCCUGAAUAUGCAGCAGAAGUUACUGUAAUAACACAUAUGAAUCACCAUUAACUCAUACUAGAUUUGUAUGUUUGUUCAGUUAUUUAUCCACAAAGCACUCAGUUUGUGUUGACAUAUGUAUUUAGAAUAUUAUGGCACCCACUUAGGCUCAUUCUAUUUUCAACAUGUGAGUAAUGUCUCAAACCACAAUAAAGUUGGAUCUUAUGAGUAUGA